CACAAAAUGAAUUUUUUUAUUCACAAAAUCAUUAUUGCGAUUUUUUUUAUUCAAUUUCAUUAAAUAUGGAAACAUGAGCAGUAUUGCAAUUGCAAAAACUUUACCGACAACCUCGUAUACAGUUUAUGGUAUACGUGACGUUUGUCAACAAUUUGUCAAAGCUGUGAGGUUUCUGAUGUGUUUUGAUGAUAUCCAUGUUUUGAAAAUAUUUAGAAAAUGAGUUAUACGGAAAAGCAUGAUUCUACAUCAAAGGAGGAAUGGAUGAAGACUCUGGCAAAUAAAGAAAUAAGCAGAACAACUAUAAACAAGCUUAUAAUGAAUUACUUGGUGAUAGAAGGAUUUAAGGAAGCUGCUGAGAAAUUUGAAAUGGAAUCUGGUGUGAAACCAUCAGUGGACUUAAAUUCAUUAAACAACAGAAUUCAAAUACGAGAUGCUAUUAUGAAUGGCAGAAUACAAGAAGCAACUGCUUUACUUAAUCAGCUUCAUCCUGAACUAUUGGAUAAUGAUCGAAAUUUGUACUUUCAUCUUCAGCAACUCCAUUUGAUUGAGUUAAUUCGAAAUAAUCGGGUGGAAGAAGCUCUUGCUUUUGCCCAAUCACAUUUGAGUGAGGCUGGAGAAGAUGAUACAUCUAUAUUAAAUGAAUUAGAGAGAACAGUUGCACUUUUGGCCUUUGAAGACCCUCUAAACAGUCCUUUUGGUGAUUUACUUCAACCUGCUCAUAGGCAGAAGGUUGUAAAGGUGGCAAGUAAGGUGAAUGCUGCAAUCCUUAAAAUGGAACACCAAAUACAAAUUUCUCCAAAAUUAUCUACACUUCUAAAGUUAAUUUUGUGGUCUCAGGAUCAGCUUGAUAAGAAGAUUACAAAGUAUCCAAAAAUGACUGAUUUAGAAUCAGCAACUAUUGAGAGUCCAAAAUAAGUGGAAAUAUUGCAGUGUUAAGAGUGGCAAACGAUUUAUUCCCUCACAUAUUCAUUUAUUUCAUCCUUAGAAGUAUUGUAAAAAAAUAGUUGUAAAGGAUAUUGAAAUUUAACUCUGUAUUUU